UCGCGGGCGCCCUACUCAGCAGGGCGGGCCCUGAGACCGGAAGCCGGAAGUGGGGUUGUGAGGACGUGUUCCGAGGAAGCCGCAGGCCGGCUAGGCCGGCGUCAUGGAGCCCCUAUACCAACAAACGAACAAGCAGGUUCAGGAGAUCCAGUCGCACAUGGGACGCCUGGAGAGGGCAGACAAGCAGUCUGUGCACUUAGAAAAUGAGAUUCAAGCAAGCAUAGAGCAAAUAUUCAGCCAUCUGGAGCGCCUGGAGAUUUUGUCAAGCAAGGAGCCUUUGAAUAGAAGGCAGAAUGCCAAACUCCGUGUCGACCAGCUAAAGUAUGAUGUCCAGCACUUGCAGACUGCCCUCAGGAACUUUCAGCACCGGCGCCAAGUCAGGGAGCAGCAGGAGAGACAGCGAGACGAGCUUCUGUCUCGCACCUUCACCACUAACGACUCUGACACCACCAUCCCCAUGGACGAAUCACUGCAGUUUAACUCCUCCCUCCACAACAUUCACCACGGCAUGGAUGACCUCAUUGGAGGCGGGCACAGUAUUCUGGAGGGACUGAGGGCCCAGAGACUGACCUUGAAGGGGACUCAGAAAAAGAUCCUUGACAUUGCUAACAUGCUGGGCUUGUCCAACACAGUGAUGAGACUGAUUGAGAAGCGGGCCUUCCAGGACAAGUACUUCAUGAUCGGUGGGAUGCUGCUCACUUGUGCAGUUAUGUUCCUCGUGGUACAGUACCUGACAUGAGCCAGCUGUACCCAGCACUGGACAGCCUUCCCACUGAGUGCGCAUGUGCAAGCAAGAAGUGGGCUGGGAGGCCCUUUUGAAAUGUAUGCCUUAACUGUGAAGACACCUCUCCCCCAGGACUAAUCGUGGCUUAGUAUCAAACCUGCUUUGUUUUCUGUGACAUCUGGGGAGUAGGACCUUGGGUCACCAAGAUGUGUGGUGCUUAGGAAGUGGGUCAAGACCCUGUUCUCUGGCUUUCAUUCGGGGAGGGAUGGCUGGGUUUUGUGGUUUGUCCACAUAGCUGAUGCUUGCCCUGGAAAGCGUGCAUGGUGAAGCUUGCACACUGGACUGUCCACACUAUUCACUCCUGAUGGAGUGGGCUGGAGCACAAGUGAGAAGAUGAGGAGAGAGGUCUUUCCCUGUGCCCUCUGGGAUAGAUCAGUUCUCACAUCAUUGCUUCUGCCACUGGCCAGCCCCAACCCCUAAGAAAACAUGACAUGGAGGUGACUAACUGCUAACACCAGCACCCUUUCCUGGAAGCAGCUACUCCAGGGAAGCAGAGACAUCAGUGCUGCUGCUGAUAAUGCAAGCGUUUCCAUGCCAUGGUUGCUGGGUGUUUGUCCUUCCUGAAGUGAAGCUGGCAGUGUCCCAGGGAGUGUUCAGUCUGGACACGGAAGCCCUGAGUCACCAAUGUUUCCCAGUUAAUACAGCAGUUGGCUCUUACAGUUCAGAGACGGUAGUUUGGCACCUGCACCCAGGCUUUCACGGAUGGGCCUUUGCCACUUUGAAAGUAGCCAUGAGCAAUGGGCGACUUGUCAGUUGCAGAUUCAUCUAGUUCUGCCCUCUCAAGUUCUUUGACUAUCUACCCCUUGAAACAUAUUAGCAAUAUAUCAAUCAGCUAAGCCUCCAUUUUCCCCAGCCCUCUUAGGCCACCCUGGGGAUGUCCCUGGGAAGUGUGUUUUUGUGAGACUUUCAGGGACCAGAUCAUUUUUACUUUUCCCAGCCGUGAUUGAGGCUGUGUCAGUACCUGGCGCAAUGCAGAAUUUGUGUGAAAGCUAAUGUAUCUUGAGCACACAUUGUAUUAAUCUCUGCAAGUACUAGAACGAUCUAGUGAGUUUAUUUGUUCAUCAGUCACAGGCCCUGUCCACCCAAACAGUUCUAAAUUUAGUAGCCUCCUAGUAGGAAAACCACGCCAGAACUCCGAAGAACUGGAAACUGGUCAGUAUUAAUCUUUCCUUUGAUUGCCCUACCUACUUCCUAUGUUUGCUUAAGCGUCCUCUCCUGUCUCCCUCUUCACAGUAGGUGUUACAUCUCACCCCUCCCCUUGUGUAGCUGUAUUGGUCUCUCGGGUACAUCUGUGGCAUCCUUUUGGGGAACUUUAUCAACUGUACACACUUUAAACUUGAGUUUCCUGGGUACUAGCUCAGUUCUGGUCAGAUGCAGUGUCUGUUGCUCUUUCCCUUUAGGUUAAAUGUGCCAUAGCUGGUCAGAAAGGUGGAAUGUGCCCCCUCUAGUCCUGCAGAGUGGAAACAGUGGCCCUAGAGACAGGAGACCUGCAGCAUCUCCACACCUGGAUCUCACUUUGGGGAGGCAGAUGGGCAUGGGCUCUUGGCUGGCCAUAGAGUUUGUACUGCACAGACCUGACUCCUGUGCCCCCUGGCACCUGAAGAUCCCACCAGACAGCAUGCUUUGGAAGAUGUACAAGCUGUAAUUGAGCCAUUUGAACUCAAAAUGUGGGCAGCAAAGGCCCUAGCCCCUGCCCUUCAUUGGCUGUUGGAGCAGUGUUUUGUAGUACAUAAUGGAUUUCCACCUUUGUAGCAAUCCUUGGCUUUAGUGAACUUGAUGUCCCACCUUCGCAGCCAGGUCUCCCUUUGGAAUGAAUUUGUGGUGAGGUCAGCGCUACUGCCUGGGGGCAGGUAAUGGACGAAGAGGAUCUGGACUCAAGGGGCAUUGAGCUGGUUGCCCAGGCUGCCCUCCCUCAAAUUUCCAUUCAGUGCCUUGUGAGAUGACUCUGACCUGAUUGGGCAAACUGUCCUUACAGGCUCCAGCAGGGAAGGGCCCCUAGCCUGAGUGGGAUGCCCUCUAGUGGAGGAGGCCUGCAUCCUUAGCAGAGCUUGUCAGAAGCUGCAGCUAGCAGAUGGUGUGUGCACCUUGGUACAGUAGUCUAAGUGACAGGGUUUGAAGCAAGUAGGGUGCCAGAAGGAAUCUAAGACUAAGAAAAUAGAUGUAUUCUCCAUGUAUGGCCACUUGAAGGAAUGCUAAAUCUAAGGACCAAGUAAAUAGCAGGUUUUACAGGUUUCAUUUCAAGCUUUUUCUCAAAAGCUAGCUUGCCUUGUUGAAUUUAAAUAGCUUUGAUUGGCAAUUUAUUUACACCCCUUGUUUUCAGAACAUAUCAGCUGAAUAAAGUUGAGGUUUAUUUAGGAAACUUUAAAGAA